AUGUCUGAUCCAGAAAAUUUUUCUGACGCUGACGGUAAAGAAAUGGGGACUCCCGUCUCUUGUGAAGUAUCGAAAGUCGGACUUCCAAUGCGUUGUCCGCCCUUUUGUCCGGAAGAGCCAGCUGUAUGGUUCGCCCAAAUAGAGGGCCAGUUUGUCCUAGGAAGAAUAAGUAGCGAUACGACAAAAUUCUAUACCGUGGUUACUCAACUAGAAACGAAGUACGCAAUGCAGGUUAAAGACAUUAUCACAAAGCCGCCAGAGACAAAUAAGUAUGAAAAAUUAAAAACUGAAUUAAUUAAUCGUCUUUCUGCGUCACAGGAAAAGCGGAUCCAGCAAUUAUUAAUCCAUGAGGAGCUAGGCGAUCGCCGGCCUUCUCAGUUUCUACGGCAUCUACAAAAUUUAGCUGGACCCGCUGGAGCUUCGGAUUUUGUGAAAAGUCUGUGGACUAACCGCUUGCCGCAAAAUAUACAGACAGUGAUUGCUUCACAGAUUGCCGACCUGCCGGUAGAAAAGCUAGCAGAGAUUGCUGACCGGGUGUACGAAAUUGUACCAUGCACCCCGCAAGUCGCUGCCACCGCGUCCACCAUCACCGCGCCGGACUUGGUCAAAGAAGUAAGCGAACUUACAAAACAAGUUGCCCGGCUGUCAUCGCAAAUGAACAGCAAGUGGAGAGGGCGCUCUCGCUCUCGCUCACAGUCUCGGCACAACCAAAGAAGGUAUUAUCGCAGUCGCUCUAAUAACUCUAAGACUCCACAACCACCACCGAACCACCCGCAUUGCUACUACCAUUACACCUUUGGAGACAAGGCAAACAAGUGUAGACAACCAUGCACAUUUACGUCGGAAAACGCAAAGGGCGGUCGCUAG